GCAUCCUUGUCGCUCUCUUUUCGAUAUUUUCCUACUUGUUUUCAUUUCCAUGGCUUUAGUCAUACACUAGGGCUCUCUUGGUUGCUAAUUUUUCCUCUAAAUUAAAAAAGAAAAGCUAAAAUAUUCAAUAUAACUUCUUUGAGUUGACAAAAUGGCAACCAAGAACCCUUUUGAUCUCUUGGAUGAUGAUACUGAAGACCCAAGUUUGCUUAUUGCUGCUGUUGAGCAGCAAAAGCUUGAAAAGCCUAAGAAAGCUCCUGCCGCGGUUCCGGCUCAGCCGGGUAAGGCUUCCAAGCUCCCCACCAAGCCGCCUCCUCCUGCUCAAGCUGUGAGAGAGGCAAAGAAUGAGCCUGGGCGUGGAGGAGGCCGUGGUACUGGACGUGGUCGUGGGCGUGGUGGCAGUGGGUUCAACAGUGACUCCAAUUUUAGUGACAAUUCCAAUGGAUUUUCAGGGCUGCACAGACUCUCUGAAGAGGGAGAAGGAGGGAAGCAAACUGAAAGGCGUGGCUAUAGUGGGCCUCGAGGUUCUUUCCGUGGGGGCCGUCGUGGUGGUUUCAAUUCUGGAGAAUCUGGAGAAGGGGAGCGCCCACGCAGGCUGUAUGAUCGCCGUAGUGGCACUGGACGCGGGAAUGAGUUCAAGCGAGAUGGCGCUGGACAUGGUAAUUGGGGUAGCCCUACUGAUGAAGUUGCUCCAGAAACUGAAGAAAAUGUCCCCAAGGAUGAAAAGAAUGUGAGCUCUGAAAAGCAGCCUGGCGAGGAAGAUGCUGCAGAUGCUGGCAAGGAGAAUGCUGCAAAUGAAGCUGAGGAGAAGGAGCCUGAAACUAAGGAGAUGACAUUGGAAGAAUACGAGAAGAUUCUCGAGGAGAAGAGGAAAGCUUUGCUUGCCCUCAAGACUGAAGAAAGGAAGGUUGAUGUCAAAGAGUUCGAGUCCAUGCAACAACUUUCAAACAAGAAGAGCAAUGAUGAUAUCUUUAUAAAACUCGGUUCUGAAAAGGACAGGCGCAAAGAUGCUGAGAAAGAAGAAAAAAUCAAAAAGGCUGUCAACAUCAAUGAGUUUUUGAAGCCAGCUGAAGGAGAGAGACACUAUGACCCUGGGCGUGGUCGAGGACGUGGACGUGGUCCUAGAGGUGGAUAUGGAGGCAACACAGCUAGCAAUGUACCAGCCCCCUCAAUCGAAGAUCCUGGGCACUUCCCUUCAUUGGGUGGGAAGUAAGAGAUCCACCAUUGUCAUCCACACAAUGUCUAUUGUCUUUCACUUGCUGUGGGUGUCGGAAAUUCAUUGUGAUCCUAUCCAAUGUUUAGGAGUCAAAAAGAGUUUUUUCAAGAGAACAAUGACUUCCUUUUGUAGAAACCAGUUUAAUGUCUUCUUAGUGUAAAUUUUAGAUAAUUUACCCAUUGAUAUACAGAUUUAUGGUCUUUUCCUGA